AAAUGGAAGCGGAUGAAGUCCAAAUUGAUCGGCUUAUCUUAUCAGAUCAGUUAAUUAAAAUAGAUCGUCUCGACGAUUUCAAACGAAAAACGUUCUUAAGACUCCUUCAGAAAAUAAUCGGCAUCCAGGAAAGAUUACAAUUGGUGUCACUGGAGAACUUGUGCUGUAAAAGAUUAGAAGGAGUUCGUCUCAUUCAACAACUUGCUUGUUUCGUGGCUCACUCCCUAAAGUACCUAUUCCUCUGGCGUUUCGUUCUGCCCAACGAGAACCCUAUCCUCGUUAAUUAUAGCUAUAUCACUGAUAAAAAAUCAUUUUAAUGUUUUAAAAAUGAAGGCUUUUAUUAAUAGCACGCGUGUGUUUGCAUUUUGAUAUGCAAAAUAUUUAUAUAUUUCAUGGUACUAUUAAAAACGUGUGCAACCCGAAUAAUCUUUUCCGACGGAGGUUAAUAGUUUGUAAUAAGCCGAGGGAAGUUUUUAUCGAUAUAGUUGCUAUGACAAUUAAAUUGUUAUGACACAAUAUUAGUUUACUAUGGCGACCGACGAAGAGAAAUAUAAAUUAACUAAAUUGUUGCAAGGACUGGAUGUACCAGAACUUAAAUUACCUGAACGCUGUAAUGAACUUAUUAAGGAAUUUUAUGAGAAGUACGAUAGUGCAAUGGACGAUGAGGAUCUAGUUUUCGAAAGAUACGAAAAUCCAUACGUUCCAGACAGAAUAUUGAUAAAAGAAAAUGAAAAGAAACUAAAAGAAUUACUUGCAGAGAGUAAACGCAAAAAAAUAACAAGGAGCGAUGACACAAAUCUGAAUGCCGAUCCUAAGCGUCCUUGGCGGACCAAUUCGAGCAGAGAAAAACUUUUACGCGUUGACAUUGAACUAAAGCAACAUAGAGAGAGAGCUAUUCAAGCUGUUACACCGUUAGAAGAAGAUCAAAUGAAAGAUUUAGUGAAAGAAUGUCAAGAAGAAACUCUUGUUUCACGUCCCAUCGGAGCUGAUCGAUUAAGAGAGACUGUUGAAGAGGCAAGGAAAAAUUUACCAAAUUUUUUGUACAGAAAUGUUGAAAAUUCAACAGCAACAGCAAUAAUGCAGAAUGCUCAACCAAUAACUUUAACAAACCCUGCCAAUGUUACAGAUAAUGCUCCAUAGAUUGCUUGUGUCUGUCUGCGACUCACACGCGCGAAGAGAAUUUUUGCGUGCAUCAAAAUGACUGUACAAAGUGACAGAUCAUUAUUACAAUACUACCAACAUUUAUUACCUAUUUGAACCUAAAUGACUUUAAAAUAUAUUUUUUGUUAAUGAUUUAGGUACCAAAUAUUUACUAUGAACUGCUAAACGUAUUUUAAAGCUGAUCUGUCACUUUUUACAGGCAUUUCGAUACACGCGAAUUUUUGGACUUUCGAAUAUUUAAUUAAUUACCGAAAUUAAUACGCCUUCUUCAUCUAAAUAUUAUGAAUUUUUAAAGUAAAAUAAUCUUCACGAUUUUACUUGACUUGUAUUCUACAUAGUAGAUUAAUGUAUUUAGUUAUGUGUAGUUGAGAAAUUAAAGUUGAUGUAAUGGGGCCGAUUUUGUGAAUACGUACCCAAUUUUUGCAUAUCUCCAUGUUUCAAGGUCACCAGAAUCCAAAGUUUUUAUAGAGAUCUGUGUGUAUAUGUUCGUAAGUACGUUCGGAAUUAUCUCUUGCUUCGAUUAUUUCGCGAACCAAAUAUGAUAUUGACAUGGAACCAAAUAUGGGACUGGGCUCAUUCGAAGCGUAGUUGCAUAAUUAAGAACUAAAAAGUUUUCAAUUAGGCCUGCUAUUUUUUGUAAAAAUAAAAAACUAAAAAAGCAAACUAAUAGAAUUUUCGAAAUCGAUUUGAAAAUGUAUAUAAUAGUUUUUUAUUCCUCACCUCUGGGAAGUUAGUCAUGUUUACCUCACGGGUCGUACCUACAUUUUUUUGUUUACAAAUUUGUAUACAUAUAAGGUUUAAGCGCCUUAGUCAAAUUGAUAAUGUCUUUAAAUAAAAUAAAAUCAAUUUAUGUAUCUCAAUCCAGAAAACCUUUGUAAAAAGUCUAAGGAAUUACCAAAAAAUACGUAUCUGACUUUCCAUGAUCAUUUGUUUAUUCAAAUUUUUCUGAUCAACUAUAUUCAAAGAAAGAUAAAAUAUAAUAAAUAUUUUUAAAAGAUGCU